AUGCGGCACAGCGGCGAGUACCGGUUCCGGCGGCGCGACGGCGGCGGAGGAAGCAGCGCGGAGAAGUACUUUGCCGGCGACGGCAGUGUAAAGGGGAGCCGGCGGCGGGAACGCGACGAGCGCAAGCGCAAGGCCAAGGAGGAGAAGCGCGAGAAGAAGACCGAGAAGAAGCUGAAGCGGAUGGACAGGAAGCUCGUCACUGUCGGCGUCCCGAGGAGGAAAUCGGAGAGGGAACACGAGAGCGGCAUCGGCGCCAGCGGCGAGGAGGGGCGUCACAGGUGGAUGCGGCGAGCCGCUGGCCGCGUCGAGCUCCGCAGGUCGCAGCCCAAGUCCAAAGACUUCCUAAGCGACGACGACGAUCGCGGCGGCGGCGGCGAUGACGUCGGCGGCAGCGACUACGAGCCGGUGGCCGAUGACGCUGCGGCUUUGGGUCGGACGAAGAUAUCACUGCGCGUAACGCAGCCAGCGGACGCUGCCGGCAGCGAUGACGAAGCCGGGCGCAAGGCACCGACCAGCCGCAUGCUGGCCUUCCGCCGCAAGAGGCGGAGCAUGAGCGAGAUCGAGCCGGGCGGCCGUCGCGGCGGCAAGGCCCAACAACCAGAUCACUCCGCGCCCGCCGCUGACGGUGGCGGCGGUGGCCACAUGGACCAGCGCACGAUGACCGCCUCGGGCAAGGUUCCGGGAGCGCGUCGCAUGCUGACCGGGCUCGGCGGCUCGAUGGAGGACGUGGGCAGCCUGUCGUCGCACGACCGGAGCGUCAGCGCAAGCGGCGUCGCGGCGACGGCGGGCGGCGAGGGCCGGGUCAAGCGCGCGUUCGAGCGGCGGGUCAUGGAGGCCAAGAAGCGGAUCGGCGCCGGCCGGAGCAACAAGAAGAACAUCGAGCGGAAGGCUAGCACAGGCGAGGCCGGGGCCGUGGUUGAUGUCGAGGCCUUCCUACAGGAGAACAUCGGCGCCGACUGGCAGGAAAAGAUGAACCAGAGGGACGACGUGUCGAGUACUGUGAGCCCGGCCACGGUCACCUCGACGGCCGCGAGUGGUCAGCAUGCUGCUCUGGACAACUCGCCCGCCGCCGUGGCGGUGGCUGCGGCGGUGGCCUCUGCGACGGCCAUAGAAUCGGAUUCAAGUCCGGCGGUGGGCAGGAGACAGCAGCUACCAGUGUCGCCGAGCCUGGCGCGAAGGAAUGCAGUGGGCCAGCUGCCCGACAGCAUCUGGAAUAGACGGUUUCAAGAGCUCAUGAGCAUGCCCGAUACUGCGCUCAAGUUCCGAAAGCUCGCGCAGCUGGCCUAUGAUACUGAACAGUUCGUCCCGCUGGAGGAGAAGACCAUUCGAAUCACCCACAUAGGAGGAGUCGCCGGUGGCAGCAAGUACAUGUGCAAGGGCAUCCUCUUCAAGUUCGCCCUUGACGCCGAAUUGAAGAAGGGCCUUUGGAUGUACGGCGACGAUACCGCCGAUGACUCGUGCGCCUUGAAAGCCGCUGGUCACGAGCUGCGCAGCGUGACGAGGGUGGUCGAUUCCGGCGAUGCCGCGGCGGAAGGCGUAGCCGUUCCUCUCAUCACGUUGGUGGAUUACAGAGGCUAUCGGUUGACCGCGGUGUCAGUGCUGCCCGUGUCGAAGAAGACUAUCGUCUACGGAUCACAUGACGCCGGCAAGACCGUCCAUGCCACCUAUCCCGCAUUCAACGAGAAGUUCAAGAACAUAUUCACACGCCUCAACCUCAAAGGGCACAUCGUCUCCUCCAAACUGCUCUACGCCUGUGGUGACAUCGAAGGGCAUUGGGGCUCGGAUGGCAAGCUCUAUCUGUUGGACUUUGCAAGGCUCUAUCCGCCCGAAUGCGUGUUGGUCAAGGAACGCUACUGGCCUUCGCUGUUGGACGCCCGAGCCAUGUUUUACAAACUCCUGCGGCCUGAGCUGGUGCAGGGCUACCAGCUGCCACUGUGCAGUGAUGCCUACACGGGGAUGAUGCGCCACGACCCCAACUUCAUCCAGCACAACGAGGAAACGCUCAUGCGCAGCAUCAUACCCAGCCUUGCCGCCGAAGUCCAGCAACUCGCGCUGCAGGAAGGCCAGCGAUUCUAUGCGUCGUCUAUGGCCUCGCGAGAGAACUUGAGCUCCGUCCGCUUCGCAGCGCCUCGCACCUACAGGUUUGGAAUGGAAAUGGGCGAUGACGACCUGGUCCAAGGCGGCCUCAGCGUUUCGGGCCUGCAUGAUCUCCUGAUCGACAUCCUCCAUCGUAUGCACUCGAGUGGGGUCAACAUGCGCUACCUGGGCGUGUUGAGAGGCCACCUUGACCUUGUACACAACCCCGACUACGAGGCCUUCUCCAAGCGCUUCCCCUGUCUCUUCAAGGGCCUCCUCUACACCGAGAUGGCGGCACGCGUGUGCAAGAACAUGAUUCGCGCGCUGCUGCGGGAGAAGAUGCGUGAGCUCAAGGUGCCGUCGUCGGAGCCCUACAAGCAGCUCGUCGUGGACCUCUUCAAUCUCUUCUCCCGCUACUCGCCCCAGUCCCACCAUUUCUGGACUUCGACCGAAACGCCCAACGUGCGCAAGAAUCUCAUCCAGCCAACCCACCCCGGCGAGCGCGGUCUCGAGUACUUCAUCUACAAGGUGUGUAAGCAAAACCACCGAUUGCGAAGGCAAAGGCGGAAACAAGCGGAGGAAGGAGGUGGCGGUCGAGAGGAAGACCACCUCGACAACACCAACUACUACAACCACUACGUGGACCGAGAAACGAACCCUGUCGACGAGUACGACAAGGGGGAGAGCGUGGAGGACAUCAUUCCCUACUUGCUGCCCAUGAAGUGCUGCAUCCGCACCAAGUUCAGUGAUAUCGCCCUCGGCCCCGGCGAGUGGGACGUCAGCGACGACCGCCGCCAGCCACGCCUGUUCCCCGGCCUCAUGUUCCUCCGGAUCUGUGAGAUGAUGGGCAUCGUGCUCAGUGACCAACCUCAGAUAUUCGAUCUGCUCAAUGGCGACCAAGGACGAGGCUACGAAUUCCUGGAGCAGGAUAUAAUUGAUCUGUCGGUGAAGGUGAAACACAUGCACCUCAUCUCCUCCAGCGAGGGCUUUGCGCUUUACCAGAAGUGCCUCGAGAUCGAGCGGGCGGCCAAAAGCGCCGCCGAGGAGCGAAGAGCCGCGGCCGCGACGGGGGACCAGGACCAGGGCAAGAAGGACAACGCCAGCCCCUCCGGCUCCAGCAGUGCAGCUGCCGGCGGCAUAAUGAAGGCCACGUUCGACGGUAAGCUGUCGAUCAUGACGCGGAAGGACGCCAAAGGCAAGGAGAAGGAGAAAGAGAAGGAUCGGGAGCGGGACAGCAACCUCAAGGAGAAGACGACGAUGGGCGCGGCGGGGCGGGAGAGGGACAGCGCGCACGCCACGACGACGGCGACGAAGAAGGCCAACGAGAAGCAGCGCGCGGUGCUAGACGAUCGGAUGCUGCUCGAGGAGCAACUCAACGACUUUCUCGUACCGAGCUCAGUAGCACCGCUCAGCCUUGACCUACUCGGCGGCGACGCCGAGCUGGACGGCACCACGACCAAGAAGAUCAUUCGAUUGCUCAUCUGCUCGCGGCGAAAGCUCGAACUUGCGCUGCACAGCAUCCCCGAUUCCAUCCAGACACUCCUUCACUUGGGCAAAGUGGAGUACUGGCUCGCGCGACUGUGGGACGAGAAGGAGGAAGCCCUCCGACGGGACGCCUUCAAGGCGGCCUACGGCUACUACCUGCAAGGCAUUACAACGCUGCAGAAGCGUAACGAAAGGGGCGAGCGUAGGCUCUUGCUACAGUCCAAGCUCGGGAUGGCUCAGCUCGUGUGCGACUGGGCGACCGCCCCCGCCGACAGUUUGCGAGAUGAGUUCAAGGAAGAGACGGAGCGGGUUCUGUGGCAGACGGCGGCGCAGGAGUAUCGCGACAUCCUCUUGGCAUGGCCCAACUUGGCGCCCGCCUGGAGGAGGGACGGCCAGGACGUGCUCCUCCAGCUCAAGGCCGCCAAAAAGCUGCCACCAGGUGUUGUGCUUGCUACGAUUAUGAAGACGGAGGCUCUGUGGUACCUUCAUGAGAAGGACUUGGAGGCGGGCCGUUCGUCGCCAUCCUACAAGAAGACCCUCGACGACGAGGAGGAGGGAGACGAAAAGACGCGAAAGGCGCGGAAGAAGAAGACGGAGCAACUGGAGAAGAAGGAAAAGAAGAAAAAGAAGGAAAAGAAGGAAAAGAGCGGCAGCCGGAUCAAGAGGGGCAGGACAAAGAAGAAAAAGAACGAAGGCGACGAAGCAGACAAGGCGCAGAAGCAGCAGCAACACCAGAAGAUCGACUUUGCGUGGCGCGAUCUCGAGGGCAUGGCGCGACAGGCCGUCUUUGCGCUCGUCAAGAACCUGGACCGCGACGAGCUCGUCUCGCAGAGCGCGCUGCUGGGCGAGGACCGGGCCAACCGGCGGCACAACACCAUGGUCGCCUUCCCCCACAUCGCCGACCACCUCGCCUCGGGCCAGCUACUCCCGUCCCGCAAGCCCAGCCUCCUGUUCGAUAUCGCCGACCUGGCCUCGUCGACGGCUUCGCUGUCGACGUUCUCACGGCUGUCGACAGCGUCACUGUCGACGUCGUCGGCGAGCGCGUUUGUCGACAGAAUGGCGCCAGCGGCGGCCGGCGGAUUCAUGGAGCGCUUCGUGGGACGCGAGGUGUUCUUCGUGUCGCCCCACGGGCGGUACCUGUGCGUGGUGCGACGCGACGGCGGCGACCCACUCGAGAACGGCUCGGGCCGCGAAGAUGCCGAGCUGAUGCUAUCGACAACCGAUCGCAUGUGCUGCAACGCCGUCUUCCUGCUCGUCCGCGUGCGUGCCGACGCUGACGACGGCGACGAUGGCGAGAGCCAAGCGGGCCAAGCUGGCGGCGUCGGUGCCAACGAGAGCGCCGAGGAGCUGAUCUGUAUUCGAUUCGGACUCAACGGGCACUACGUGUGCAUGGACGCUCAGGGCAAGCCCGCGCUCAAGCACCGCAAGGAGCUACACGGCCGCUACGGCGCGUCGACGACCAAGUUCUGGCGCUACGACGAACUCGCCCGCGACAACCGACUGCUCUUCGGCUUCCAGACCUACUCCGACAAGGCCUACCGCUCGCGGGGCACACAGAUGGAGGAAGAGAGGCGCACAUCGAUGGAGCGGAAGCGCGGCAAGGCCGUCGGUUCAAUGCCCGCCAGUGGGCCGGGCUCCGGCGUCGCUGGCGGCGGCAAGUAUCUGUCGUCGUCCAAGCGCGACGGCGUCGUCUCGCUCCAGGCCGGCUGCAAGAGCAACGAGCGGUGGCGGCUCAAGCUCGUCGACCGCCACCGCGUCUUCCUAAAAUCGCACAGCGCCGAGCGCUACCUUUCCGCCAUCGCCAACGUGCCGUCUCCACCCGGGCCGGGCCUCCUGUCGUCAUCAGCGGCGCCAGCGCAGCCGCCACAGUCGGCCGCCGAUGGCGCCGGCGGCGUCGAAGCCUUCUCCGCGUCGGCGCCGCUGGGGUCGGCGGUGAUGAUGACCAUGAGCCAGGCGGCGGCGUCGGCGCUCGCCUCGACGUCGCAUCUGCCCAACCACGUCUACAACACCUUCUUCAUCCGCCCGAAGAAGCGACGCGGUGGUAACAACAGCCAUCAUCACCCCGGCAGCGGCAACGGCGGCACCAACCGCGACAAGGCGUCGGCCGACCGGGAGGCCGAGGGCGGCGGGGGCGACGACGACAACAAGAUCUUCAUCCACGCCUACGACGGGCGGUUCGUGGUGGUCAAGGAUGUCGGAUCGGGCGUCAUCGCCCUCUCCGAGGACUCGCUGGGCCAGGCCUGGAAGUACACGGCCAUCGUCGACGAUCAAACCAAGGACCCCGGCGCCAGGCGGGUCAAGGUUCAGUUGAAGAACACCAAGGUCAAGAAGUGGCUGCGGGUCGACGACGCGGGCGUGGUGCUGGCCUCCUCCAAGCGUGACGAGGUCGAGGACAACGACGACGACCACGACGACGAAGAGAAGAAGGAGCUCGAGAGAAAGAACAAGAAAAAGAAGAGCAAGAAGAAUAGCAACAACAACAUCAACAACACGAAGGGCAAGGGCAAGCUCAAGGAGGAGGAGGACGAGCUCGCCAGGCCAGAGGCCGGCGGUGACGACAACAACAACGGCAAAGCGGCGGAGAGUGUGGCGGCAGCGGCGGACCUGAAGAAGACGCGGACGACAAAAGAGCUCGAGGCCAACGCGGUGGCGGAGAUGGGGAAGGAGGCCGAGUUCGGGUGGAGCGUGGUGCGACCGGCCGAGGAGGGGUGGGCGAGCAUGCUCCUCCUGGUGGAGCUCUUCGCCGAACUCAACGCCGCCCACGGCUUCGACGAAGAGCGCCUGGCCAAGCUCUCAUGA